AUGCAUUUCUCUCCGCUUGUCACCGUGGCAGCUGCCCUUGCGCUGGCGCCUACCGCCGUUGUUGCUAGCACGGCCGCUGCUGCCUUUGUCACAGUGAGCUCGGUAGACACUUGCCCUAAAGGUGUGACCCAGGAAGUGAGCGCCACGCUACCCAAGCAGGUUACCACAGCCUACACUUGCGACAAAGUCAAGCUCAGCCAUGACCUGUCCGUGUCCUAUUACGACUUCGACAUUGAGCCCCUCACCAAGGAAACCGAUGAGUGCUGUCUCAAGGUCUACGACAACCCGGGUUGCCUGGGCUUUCCUAUUUUGGAGCUUCCUGUCGAAGGUCCAUUCGAGGACCGUUGCAUCCCUGAAUACGUCUUCGACGACGAAGUGAAGUACAUCUCGUUCCAGCUCGACUGCGAGAAACCCCCUGCCAAGGUGGAGCCACACGGCCCUAAGCAAGUCGCUGAAGAACUAGCUUCCUGGCAGGCAGAGCACGCUCCUAAGCAGGAAGCUCAAAAAGGUCCCGAGAAGGCCCAGCACGCUCCUAAGCAGGAGGCUCAAAAAGGUCCCGAGCAGGCCCAGCACGCUCCUAAGCAGGAGGCUCAAGAAGGUUCCGAGGAGGCAGAGCACGCUCCUAAGCAGGAGGAUCAAGAAGGUUCCGAGGAGGGUCAGCAAGCUCCUGAGCAGGCGCCCGAGAGAAAGGGGGGAAACCCUGCUGACAGUCUCGGCCUCGGUGAACUCACAAAAGUGCUCGGUUUUCGGUGA